AAACCCCUUCAUCAUUUCUGUGAUCGAAUGGACACUGAACCCUGAAGCACAUCAUGUCGUGCAGAGUCAAGCAAAUCGCCGCCGGAGAAGCUCACACACUUGCACUCUCAGAAGAUGGAAGUGUGUUCUCUUGGGGGAGAGGCACCUUCGGCCGUCUGGGAACCCGGGAAAGAGCACGAUGAGCACUCCACCGUCCAUGUCUACUUCCCUGAUGCCUCUUCCCAGAAGAAAACGAGCGAUUUAUGUGUUUCUUCAGGGAAAAGUGACAGUUCUCGACCCUUGUUUGUAGAGAUUUCUGCUGGCGCUUACCACAGCCUUGCUUUACAAGUUGAUGGAUCUGUCUGGUCAUGGGGCUACAAUGCUUCUUGGCCAUCUCUCGGUGGAGAACGCAUCCCUUGUUUAGUACAGCACUUUCAGCAAUUGAAAUCAACUGGUUUGAAGGUCAGCGUAACAAAUACAAGUACAUAAACUUAAUUCAAUUUUUGAGAACUUUGUAGGAUUUAUUUGGGUGAUAUGUAUAUAAGUUCAUAAAGUGAAUGCGGGAGCAAUGUCAUCGUUUGCAAUUGAUACUCGUGGUGGAUUGUGGAUGUGGGGUAGUUGUCCUCAGCCAAGCAACGCUGAAGAUGAGGGAUUCGGCUUCUUGAGAUGUCUUUCUCCUAGGCCUGUAAUGUAUUUUCAUGGCCGUGAUGUUGUGCAGGUGGCAUGUGGAAAUGAACAUGUUGUGGCUUUGGUACAGGACUGGCCUUUGCAUGAGACUGAUCCACUUUGUGUUUUUUUUUUUUGGAAGAGGAGCGGAGUGAACUCACUGAGAUCCGG